ACCGGAAAUAGAUAUAAACAAAGCGGAAGUAGUGAACGAGAUAACCUCGAUCAUUUUUCUAGCUGUGCCGAGGCAAUUUGAGGGACUCUUUUUGUAUCAAACUCACCUGUAUUCCCCGCAACGACCCCAAAACAUGGACAGAUAGUGUUUGUUUUACUGGAUUUACGGAGGUGGUCCCUGUAAACGAGAAUCUAUCACUCCUGUGCCCACCUUGGAUUGUCACUCCGGACUCUGACACACAACAGUUCUGCUUCUUGCUAAACUCCAGAGACCCUUCACUUUAUCUGUGGCCACCAACAUGGCUAACAGCACCGCAGCACCAGUGAAGGUUGGGACCCCUGGCCCUGCUGGCAGGAUCAGUCCAGAGGGAUCUCAGGUGCUCAGUAAGAAGAAGCUGCAGGACCUGGUGAGAGAGAUCGAUCCCAAUGAGCAGCUGGACGAGGAUGUUGAGGAGAUGCUGCUACAAAUUGCAGAUGACUUUAUAGAGAGCGUUGUGACAGCGGCCUGUCAGCUGGCUCGCCAUCGCAAGUCCAACACCUUGGAGGUGAAGGAUGUUCAAUUACAUCUGGAGCGCCAGUGGAACAUGUGGAUUCCUGGUUACGGCUCCGAUGAGAUCCGGCCGUUCAAGAAGGCUUGCACCACAGAGGCUCACAAACAGAGAAUGGCGCUGAUCCGCAAGACAACCAAAAAGUAGCAAGACUGUUCUCUGAUAUGUUGUACCCACUCUGUGUAUUGUCUUUUUUUCCCCCUUUUCAGUUGGGAUGUUUUUUGACUUAUAAGGAAGAAAAGGAUGGUUUGGGUGAAGUUUUUUUUUUUCAUUUGAUAUUAGAUAGUGUUUAAUUGUCAUGUCUCUCUAACCUUUUGAGUACUGUGCCACAUACAUCACAUAAUAAUGUAAUUAUUGACUCUGAUUCUGUUUUUGUUGCCAUUAAGCUAAGCCUGGCAGAGCUCUAUUCAUUGCAAUUUUUUCAAUAAACAUUUACUGGAAUACUUCUUUUUGAUUAUGAGGUGUAUCUGGUUUACCUUUUUAAUAUUCUAAAGCACUUGGACGUGGAUUCAAAAAGAUUUAGUGUUCUCAUGCCAAAAUGUUUUAUUUUAAGAGGAUAUUUAAUAACAUCCUAUUGCAUAUGAUGGCUACUGAUGUUUUAUUACAUUGACACUUUUUGCCACCAUCCCUGCAAGUUUUAUUUUUACCUUUGUCUAUUUCAGCAAAACAAUUAUAGAAGAAAUGGUACUUUUCACAAAAUAAUAAAUACAUGAACAAAGGAUCUGGUAUCAAGAGACAUUUUGUAUUUGCAAAAUUUGACAUGAGUGAGUCGUACAUACAGUGUUGCAUUUCGUCAAAUAAAUGUGUUUCCCUUUGUAA